GCCCUCUUGCCUUCACCUUCUUCGUCCAAACAAUCAAAGAGGGAAAAAACAAUGGCUGCCUCUUCGGCUUUUCUUUCCACUUUUGUUUCGCCCCAAACCCUCUCCUUCUCUCCCAAAUCCCCCUCCUCUACGCGUCUCCCCCUUCCCACUAAUGUGCGCAUGGUACGAACUGUGACUCUAGCCACCGCUUCAAAGGCUGCCACCGGAACCCGUACGCCACGCGGCAUCACGAAGCCGCGUAGUGUUACGCCUGAGAUGCAGGCUGUCGUCGGAGUUCCCGAAAUUUCUCGAACUCAAGCUCUUAAGCUGAUUUGGGCUUACAUUAAAGAGCACAAUCUCCAGGACCCUGAAAACAAGAAGAUUAUAAAUUGUGAUGAGAAGCUGAAGAAGAUAUUCGGAGGGAAAGAUCGCAUCGGAUUUCUUGAAAUUGCUGGGUUGAUUAGUCCUCACUUUCUCCGAUGAAUUCAAGAGAGAGGGUUCAGAAAAUAGGUAGAAACUUUUGU